UUAAGUGACGUCAUGCGCUGAAAGUCUGCGCAAACUCUUAGCACAUUCUAAAUGAAAUAUUUAUCGUCUGAUAUGCAGAUUCAUAGAAUGGGAAAUUUCCCUAUUAUUUUAAUUUCGAUUUUAUAAAAUGUGAUAUUUAUUCUAACUCCUAUCAGAUUGGAAUAAAAGAGAACUUUUAUAUUGUUAAAUGAUAAAAUAUUCCUCACGUGGUUCCGUUAUCAAUGUAUACAUCAUACUAGACAGUGGAAAUAAAACUGACAGCCUAGUUCCAUUUCUCCGCUAAAGUGAGAAGGACUUCUUAGUUGUUCUAAAGAUACGUUGAGGUGAAAUAAAGAGAAAUGGAAGUCAUUAAUUUUAGAACCGUUAUUGUGCCCGAAGAGAAAUAUGCCACAGAUGAUGACAUAACGAAGAAAUUUAAGACAUAUCUCGAACAGCUGACAUUUCAUUUUGAAGAAUGUGGUCUGAUGGACGUCAGUCUCAGCUUUUUGAAAGUGAAAAAAUCUGAAGAAGAAGAUACCCCAGAAAUAGAAGAACUUAUCAUUCAAGUUUCAGCCAAGAGUUCGCUAGGAAACCAAGAUUGGGUGCACUACUGUCGACAGUUGCGCAGUGAAUGGAAGAACUUAUUUUAUCCAAACCCCGCCCCAAUUUUGGCUUUUUAUGAAAACAAAUCUUUCAGCUCCUCACGCAAGCAUUCUCACGUAUACACUGCAUACAAGACUAUUAGUUUUGGAAUUUUACCACAUGAUGGAGCCUUUCAUCAGUACUCCUCACUGGAGUCAGAUCAGAGUUUAGACUCUCACCACGUGAAUUUUUAUCACGAUAGUCGGUCUGUUACUAUAAAAUACGAAGCUUGGGAAUUAGUUUUCCCUUACAGUAAUAUUAAAAAUGUAUUUGUCAAUAUCGAUUCGAAUUCUCAUGAAAUAUUUUUUGAUUUGUGCAACCCACCUCUUAUUUUUGAAACUGAACAACGUUACAGUAAAUAUAUAGGAAAUUAUCAAAUAAGACACAGAUCUGCUACCAUUACGACUGGUCCGAGCUGUUGGGGUAGAAGGAGGAAUAAUAAUUAUUUGCCUGUCGGCGAAAGGAGAGCAUUAUUUGACGUUGAAACGCUUGGAAAAGCUACGGUUAUGAAACUAUCAUUUACAAAUGCUAUCGUCGUUGAAGAGAUCGUUAGCAGAAUUCAUGCCAGGUGCGGUGAAAAACCAAUACAUUAUGCCUACAUUGUUACUAAGCAGAAAGAAAAACCUGACAUUCCUGACGUCAAUUGGAAUCAUUUCGGAUCUACAUACAUGAUAACAUCGAUUUUUAAAAGAAGUUUUACAGUCCCUUCUCAAACAUCCAACAUACAUACCUCUCUACGUGUUUUAGAAGAUUUUUCUUUGCAAAAUGGAGAUUGUCUCGAAAAAGCUUUAACACUCGUCUUAUCGACUUUAGAAUCAGGGAAGAUCAUGAACUAUUGGCACGCCAUUGAGCGACAAUAUUACUUUUAUCUUAAUCACAAAGAUGAAAUGGAUUACAUGCACUAUGUCGUGCCCGAGAAGUGCCGAUUAAUCCGUCGCAUAACUGUGACACCCACGCGUCAAUUGCUUUGGCCACCUGAAAUUAUGUUCGGUAAUAGAGUUUUGAGAAAAUUUGAUCCAGAAUACACCAUUCGGGUAUCAUUUAGAGAUGACGACAAUUCUCGAUUAAGUUUCAACGCUGCAAAUGCUGAGAAAGGUAUUUUUGAAUACUCGAUCCGUAGACCAAUGUCUACAGGAAUACGCAUUGGAUCACGCAACUAUGAGUUCCUGGCUUGGUCUAAUUCUCAGAUUCGUGAUCAUGGCAUAUGGACAUACGCUAGAGAUGCUGAAGGUAAUACAGUUCAGCAUAUCCGAUCGUGGAUGGGAGAUUUCUCUCACAUUCACUCUGUUCCCAAGUAUAUGGCAAGAAUGGGGCAAUGUUUUUCACAAACAGAAGAUACUGUUACUGUACCAUUAGAUCCCCGUCAUAUUCGGACAGAGCCAGAUAUUGAAGGAGGAUGUGAUGUUGCUAAUGGUUACAAGCCCUAUUGUUUUUCUGAUGGUAUUGGACGUAUUUCAACGAACUUAGCAUUUGAGGUGCGCAAUGCUCUGGGCCAUGAUAAACUCUGCAGUGCAUUUCAGAUACGGUAUGGUGGCUAUAAAGGCAUGCUGGUAGUAGAUCCUACCUUAAAAGAUGCGGACAUAGUGUUUCGAAAGAGCAUGAAAAAAUUCGAUUCCCCUCAAAAUCAAAGAUUGGAAAUUGCUAGAACAAGUGCUCCAAGUAAUGUUAAUCAGUUAUUUUUCAACAUUUAUCUGCAUCGUAUUUUCUUUCGUAAUAUUUGCAUUCUAUUCUACUUUUCUACUCCAUCUAAUUCAAGUUAAGGGCAAUAAGUUUACCGU